GCAGCCCCAGGGCGCUCAGCCCCUGUGCGGGGCCGGCCAGGCCCAGGGCUGCCCCGGGACGCUGCCGCCGUGCCGGACCCCCGGCAGCUCGUCGGCGCCGCCUCGUUGAGUCCCGAUCCCCCCCCCCCGCCACCGCCUCCAUCCCCCGGGCAAGGCGGGCGGCGGGGGGGCAGGGGGGGCACAGGUGGCCGCUAAUCCCUAAAUCCCCGCGCGCGGGAUUAGCGGCCCCCUCGCCCAGGUCACCGAAUCCCCGCCGGCGCCGCCUCAGCCUCGAUUAACCCCCCCCCAGUCCUCGCUGCCGCGCGCCGGGGGGGGGGUGCUGUCCCCGGGGUGGGGGGCGCCCGGCGGAGCACCCCGCGGCGGCCCAUGGCGCUGGUGAAGAGCGGCUGGCUUUGGCGGCAGAGCUCCAUCCUGCGCCGCUGGAAGAGGAGCUGGUUCGUCCUCUACCUGGACGGCGGCUUGGUCUACUACCAGGACGAGAGCAGCCGCGCCGCGGAGGGCAGGAUGCACGUGCGGCACGGCUGCCGCGGCGUGCGCGCCGGCGCCGCGUGCCGCGCGGCGCAGCCGCCCGAGGGGAAGAGCCGCGACUGCCUGCUGGCGCUGGCGCUGCGCGACGGCUCCGCCGCGACGCUGUGCGCCGAGAGCGCCGACGACGCCGUCGCCUGGAAGGAGGCCGUGCUGGAGGCGAGAGCCACCCCGGUGCACGUCUACGACCCCUACGACGACGACUACUACCAGACGGUGCCGCUGGACUCGCACCAGGCCGCCUACGUCGGCUCCGGCGGUUACGGGCGCCAGCCCGGAGCUCCCGGCGGGACGCGCGUGGUCGUCCGCGAGGAUCCCUACCGCGUCUCCGGCGACCAGAUGGCCCUGGGGCUGCUGGCCGGUGCCGCCACCGGCGCCGCCCUCGGCUCCUUCAUGUGGAUGCCCUGCUGGUUUUAGGGAGCAGCUCCCGCCCCGGCACCGCUUCGCCCCCCGCCAGCACCCCGAAAUAACCCCCGGCGGCGCCCCAAGCGCUGCGGAAUAACCCCCCCCCCCCCCCCCCCCCCCGCCCGGCACCGGCACCUCCCCGAACCGCGGCGGGAUUUGGAGCGGCGUUUGCUCCCGGGAGCUAACGCGCGAGCGGGAAACCUCCCGCCGGCCCCGUCCUCACCCUCCUUCGGCCUUCCUCCUCCUCCUCCUCCUCCUGCCGCUCCUCCUGCUCGCAUCGCCGCCGCUGCCGCCCCCUUCGCAUGAACCGCGCUCGGUUUGGAGGGAAGAAAAGAAAAAAACCAAAGAGAACAGGUUACGGGAUGGCUAAUAAAGGUGUCGCUUCCCGA